CCACCACGGUUCCCGUUUCUUUCCCACACACACGCCGGAGGCCAGGAAUCAUUCGCCAUGUCUGACAAGUCUCACCGUCUCUACGUUAAGGGAAAGCACGUUUCCUACCAGCGAGGAAAGCGCAACACCAACCCCGGCACCUCUCUGCUCAAGCUCGAGGGUGUUGACGACACCGCCGCCGCACAAUGGUACGCCGGUAAGCGCGUAGCAUACGUCUACCGUGCCCAGCGCGCCAUCCAGGGCUCCAAGAUCCGCGUCAUCUGGGGCAAGGUCACCAGGCCUCACGGCAACUCCGGCGUUGUCCGCGCCAAGUUCAGGUCGAACCUCCCUCCCAAGUCCUUCGGUGCCUCCGUCCGCGUCAUGCUUUACCCUUCUUCGAUAUAAUUUCGGCCACACGAUGGGGAACGAGACGAACGGUAGAUGAUGAGCGAUGGAGCGGUUAGUGAUACGGCGCAAAACCCGGCAACGGCAUCGGAACGAAGCAAUACGACAGCGGGGAGGCUUUCAUGCACAGUUUCAUUUACGUGGCAUGUUCAGGCUGGUUAACGGUGUCAUUGUUUUCGGAAAUCCAUGACAAGACAAUGGCAAAAUCAAUCAAGAUUCCUCCCAAGAUCAAUGGAAAAUGAUCAAUCCC